AGCCUCGCUAUCCUGCAUGCACACACAGCCAGAUGCACUAGAUAACGACUGGAGCUCGAGCAGAAGAAGCCCAGACGUAAAGAAUCCAGGGGAGCGGCGCGUGGAGCAACUUCUGUUCCUCGCGCCGGAGCUGGGGGCCCGCGCGGAGGCCAUGGAUCACAUAGGGAUUCUGGGUGCGCAUCUGCAGCAGCACACGCACGUGGAGCCCAUCAGCUUCGGCAUCGAUCAGAUCCUCAGUAACGUGGAGCAGAGCUGCAUGCUGGGCGCGCGGAUGCACGAGCCGGACUACGGACACGGGGCCUACAACAGCGUCGCGAGCAGCGGCAUGAACGGUGGCGGCUAUACGUACGGUAACAGCGGAUAUAACAGCACCAGCAGCUCGUGCGGAAUGGCUUCCCUCGGCGGGGCUUAUCACAUGAACAUGGGCGUGAAUGCCAACGGGACUAACGUGAGUUCCGCCGGGGUCAUCCGUGUCCCCGCGCACCGGCCUCUGAGCUGCGGGAACUCCUCCGUGCCGCCGGUGAGCGGGAACAUCAACAACCUGACCGCCCUGACGUUCCCCUGGAUGGAGAGCAACCGACGCUACACCAAAGACAGGUUCACAGUGUCCCUCUCACCCCUCACUGUAACACGUCGUGUAGGUCAUCCCUACCAGAACAGGACGCCUCCCAAGAAGAAGAAACCUCGGACAUCCUUCACCCGGCUGCAGAUCUGUGAGCUGGAAAAGCGCUUCCACCGGCAGAAGUACCUGGCGUCUGCUGAGCGGGCCGCCCUCGCCAAAGCCCUGAAGAUGACCGAUGCUCAGGUCAAAACCUGGUUCCAAAACAGACGCACCAAAUGGAGGCGGCAGACGGCGGAGGAGCGGGAGGCGGAGCGGCAGCAGGCCAACCGGAUCCUCAUGCAGCUGCAACAGGAGGCCUUCCAGAAAACCAUCAACCAGCCGGUGACUCCGGACCCGUUAUGCCUGCAGAACAGCUCUCUGUUCGCCCUGCAAAACCUACAGCCAUGGACCGAGAACACCGCCAAGAUCAGCAGCGUGUCGGCCUGCGAGUAGAGCAACACACGGCCUCCAGCUGGGGAUCUGCGCCGGUGUUGCACCGAUACCGACUGACUGCUGGAGGGCAGAGACACGGGCUGUAGGCCGCUGAGGUGGUCCGAGCAGAGGAGAUCAGGUCAUCUCUCUGCUCUUAUUAUCACCCACCUUCUGUCAGACAGACUGUGGUGCUGCAGCUUGCAAUAGAUGGGGUCCCUCUGCACGGCUCUCAUCUAAUGGGGGUCUGAUCCGGAUCCUGCAGAGGUCUGGACUGAAUUCCUGUUUCAGCCCUGCAGAGAGCAGAUGGACAUUUUGGAAAUACUUCAUCACGAUGAACAUUGUGCUACUUUAAGUGCAAGAUGUCGAUGAGAGGACCAGAGCAGACUGGUAUCAGUGAGUUGUUGUAUUAUAGUUUACCUAUAAGGGAUUUGAUGUUUCAUAAACAGCAUAUUUUCAUAUUUGUGUGUACAUCUCUGCCAUCACUGUCUGUCUGUUUCUGUAUACGUGUUUCUCUGGCAAUUUAUAGACUGUUUACUCAACUGCAAAGUAACAGAGCACUUGUUUUAGCACCUUUCUAUGAACUCAUAAUGUGACAAAAUGAAAAAGACGUGUGAUGAUUUAAGGCAACAUUUACCAUUUUAUGAUUUUGAGAGAAAUGGGCCUAAAGGUCACCAAAGCUUCAGAUUUUAAAAAAUCACAUUUAUUGGUCACAGUAUGACCACAGUUGACCACAUUUCAUAUUUCCCUGGACUCUUAUUUUUGUAUAAACAUUUUACUGUAUUUUCUUAUUUCUCUCUCACCACUGUGCUGAAGUGUGGAAGCAGGUCAGGUGUGUGUGUGUGUGUGUGUGUGUGUGUGUGUGUGUGUGUGUGUGUGUGUGUGUGCGCGCGCAUGUAUAAAAGCUCUAAAACAGCCUAAAUAUUUUAUUCAUACUGAUGACUAUAAUAUAUUUUGGACACUGAAAUUCAUUUUUCUUUCUGCAGAGAUGAGAAUACAAGUAAAUUCAAAAUCUAUUUAGUAUGAAUAUCUUCUGUAACUUUUAUUUUGCUCAGUGUAAAUACAUUUUUUAUUCAUGUUCAUUUUCAUGUCACCUAUAGACAAUAUAGAUUUUGUCACUUUGAGUAAAUUUAAAGGCAGAAACUAGUUUCUUGUUCCCACAGUUAUUUUUGAAUCACUGAUGUUGUGCAGUGUCUUGAUCAGUCAUAAAUCACUAUCAGGCACAAAACGUAAUUAUAAACAUGAGACGUUAUACAUGUGUUAAAAUAAUGACAAUAGGCAACAUGUAUCCAGUCUGGAAGACCCUCAGAACACAUGGCAGCUACGCAUUCAUAUAUAAAGAAUAACAGCCAUAUGUGAUAACAACCAAUAAAAAUAAAACCAAGGCUGCCCUACUGCAUAUACUCAUAUCUGACAACUUCAUGUGGAAAUAUGGGAAUAUGUAGCAAUAAAGAUUCAGUGUAAGAUUUAGGGGGAGUUAAUGGCAUCUAGCAGUGUGGAUUGCAGAUGAGUGUUCAUCGUUAAGGAGGUUUUUCCUUAAAGCCAAAUUAUCAACAGAGGUCUCUUCCUCUCCAAAACACAAAGACCAGGUGAUUUAAAUCAGUAAACCACUGAAUAAAGCAGUGUCACGUUAAAAAGAUCAUUUUUUUAUGAUGUUCUUGUCACAGAGGUGCUGCAAACUGGAGGUGGUCGACACCAAAACGCAAAAACGCGAAUGUCCCUAUCUAGAGCUGGUGUUUGGUUUGUCUGUUCUGGGCUACUGUAGAAUCAUAUAAAAUAGAGGAAAAGAAGUCCGCACACCGAAAAA